GAGAACACCUCCCUAAAUCAUAUCUUACUUCUUGGUGUUGGUGUAAAUACGUGACUCUCUAAACAACACGUCAAAUUUUGUGGGAGUAUGAACUGAAUUGUUGUUGACCUUAAAUUUCCUAUAAAUAAAUAUCAGAAUAAUUGUGAUAAUACAGUAAAAUAACCGCCAUGACUCAACGUCCAGAUGAUCACAGAAGGAAGUGGAGCAGGGAGGAAUAUGAGAGGAUUGCCCUUCAAAGGCUCCAGGAGGAGAUUGCGGAAGAAGAGUUGGGAAUACCGAAAGCUCCAGCAGUGAAAAGAGAACUUCUGAAGCAAAGAGAUUACAAAGUAGAUUUAGAAUCGAAACUGGGAAAAAGUGUUGUCAUUAAUAAGGCCACACCUUCUUCACAGACUGGAGGAUACUAUUGCAAUGUGUGCGAUUGUGUUGUGAAGGACUCCAUAAAUUUUCUGGACCACAUAAAUGGAACUAAACAUCAACGAAACUUGGGAAUGUCGAUGAAAAUCGAACGAUCGACAUUGGAUCAAGUGAAGGCCAGAUUUGCUGCGAAUAAAAAGAAAAUGGAGGAGAAAAAAAAAGAUUAUGAUCUGGAACAGAGAGUCAAGGAACUUAAGGAAGAGGAAGAAAAAAUAAAAGAAUAUCGAAAAGAACGGAAGAAGGACAGGAAAAGAAAAAUAGAAGAAGCGAAUGAGGAAGAGGAAGCUGGAAGUGUCAAUGAAAUGGCAGCGAUCAUGGGAUUUUCCGGUUUUGCCUCGAAAAAUCGGAAAUAAUUAUUUAAAAUCACACUGUCCAUAUACUAGAAUUAAUUAUCGUUAAAUUACUCAUUUCCACAAUAAAUAUAUGAAAUUUUAACGAC